AUACCACACCACACCACCGUCGACGGUGACAAGCAUCGUCGUCGACUGCAACGAAGCAACCAUCCCCCCUCUCGCCAACCGCAGCGUGUCAGCGCCAUUUGACACACGAUGGGUGCCGGCAAGAAGCGCAAGCGAAUCACGCUGAGGGAUCUCCUGGCGCGCCCGUGGUGCUACUACUGCGAGCGCGACUUCGACGACCAGAAGAUCCUCGUCGACCACCAGAAGGCCAAACACUUCCACUGCCAGGUCCACGGCUGCCACCGCAAGCUCGGCACCGCCGGCGGCCUGCGCGUGCACAUGCAACAGGUGCACAAGGAAGAGCUGCAAGAAGUGCCCAACGCCAUGCCCGGCCGCGAAGACCCCAACGUCGAGGUCUUUGCCAUGAUCGGCAUCCCGGAGCCCAUCAUGAAUGCCUACAACAAAGCCAUCACCGACGGCUACGAGGCACACGCGCACCGCUUCCGCCAAGAGACCGGCAACUUCCUGCCAGGGUCGAUUGACCCAGAGGAGAUGCCCGUGCACAAGAAGAAGAAGACGGAGCCGACGGAAGAAGAGAAGGCCGCCAAGAAGGCCGAGAUUCUGCGUCGCAAGGAGGAGGUUCUGGCGAGGAAGAGGGCUGCAGCUGGGGCCAAGGCAGUCGGCAGUGGUGCUGCUACGACUCCAGCAGCUCCUGUCGCCGCCAAGCCUGUGACGCCCGUCCAAGCUCCGGUCUACAAUACUUCACCUGCACCACAGGCUUGCCCACCACCGGCUACUGCUGUCUUCCCGCCUAUCAUGGUCCAACCGGCGAUGCCGCCUCCAAUUUUCGGCGCUUACCCACCUGCCUUCCCACCGCCUAUGCCGCCAAGCAUGUCGCCAAACAUGCCACAACAGAUUCCUUACGGCCACGCCACUCCUGUCUCCAAUGUCAGCGCGCCUGUCGUACUCCCAUUUAUGCCGCCACCAGGCGUGCGCGGUCCACCGAUGCCACCUGGCUUCUCUCCGCCACCCGCCUUCUCUCCACCGGCUCAUCUGUCCCCUGGAACCACCGGCAACUCUCCCGCUUUCCGCAAGCCAUCGACUGAGAGCCCUCCUCCGCAAGCUUCCAAGCCUGUCGCCGAUACCUCUUCCAGCGACCCAUUCAUGGACGGCAUCUCGCAAUUGAUGGAUGAGGCUCAAGCCACGGCCAUUGCAAGAUCCAUCGAACCUUCUACCAAGACUGAGCCGAACAUCAAGGCCGAGCCCUCUGCUUCUCAGCCAGAAAAGGCCACUGUCGCAGGCAAGAAGAAGGCCGAUAAGGGAGCCGAGAAGACCUUUCAGCCGCUCGCUGAUAACACCACGAGCUUCGAGGAGGCCAGAGCUCGUGUGAACAGGGAGCUUCCGCUCAUCGAUGGUCUCGGCCAGGAUUGGAAGGACAAGCUCGCAAAGCUCCAGAUAUCUGAUUCCGAUGCCGAGACAGAUCCCAGCACUCAGCAGCAACCUGGCCAAGAUGAUGGACUGGAUCGCACACGGCAAAGCCCUGCCGCCUCUUCCUGAUCAGCUAAGUCCUUUACCUUGACCCUUGGUCAUUGACUCGUCUGAAGGGAUGGGCUAACUUAGCACGACACAAUAUCACUCAACAGGGUUGGAGAACCGCGCAGCUAAGUCUUUUUCCUCACGCGAUGUUGACCAUGGCUCGAUCAGGCUGACCUGACAACACUUUUACGCCCCGCGGUCACCAUUGGCGUGACUGCUUCAUCGUUGCGAACAUCGCUAUGCGUCUGAAGUACGUUUGAGAGCAGAUGCAUGAGGCAUAUUUGCUCUGGAAGGCUCUCUAUGUCAUGUACUGAAAAUGCGCUUUUGCGCUGCUCUGGGAGUAGCGGACACUAGCUAGCGCCUGCAUAGUAAGUCGAAUCAAGCGUGAGUGCUUUCAU